CAUAGCUUCUUACGCACGGUUCUGAGCGUGUGUAACGGUUCAUAGCCGUGUGUCUUGUUUUUGCACAGACUGAUUUUUUUCCAAAUAUGAACAUGUAAGAAAAGUCCAAUUUAUUCAAAUUAGAGUGGGCCUACUGGCAAUAAAAGGGUGAGAUCGAGGAGUUGAGGGGAGGGGUUGGGUUGUAAAAAUGUGUUACGGUAGAGGGAGGAGCCUGAGGGAUGAGAAGGUUAAAAAGCGGUAGGACACGACACCGGCCACAUUGCCUGAUCAGUUGAAGAACUGACAGCACAGGAUAACAAGAGCUCACUGGACCACUGGCUAUUAUGAAACUACUUCAGGAAACGAUGGAUACACCACACGAAAGAAAGGUGAUAAAAUCUCAAGUGGAGAAACGCCGAAGGGAGAGAAUGAACAGCAGUCUGGAGCAUCUGAGGACCAUGUUGCUUCAAGACCAACCACAACCAGAUGGGAUUCAGCGCAGAGUUGAGAAAGCUGAGAUACUCGAGCACUCAGUGCUUUUCCUCCAGAACACCACCCGAAGAAACAAGACGAAAGCUACUGCUGCUGGAGGUGGCCAGAAACAGUCCUUCCAAGAAGGCUUUUCUACCUGCCUGCAGAAUGCAGCUCUGUUCCUGGGACCUGAAGGGAAAGGCCUGUUGCUUGGAGCAGCACCGGAUGCAUCUCUUGCUGCUUGUUUUUGCCACUCAGACUCUGAUUCUGCAGGUGUUCAAAGGACAACUGAAGCCUGCUGCUCCAGCUCUCUACCGCACACAAAGACCAUUCUUAAGAUGCUGAAACAAAAGUCUAAGCACAGACUGCAUACACAAUGCCACAGUGUUACUCAUCCAUACCUACUUCCAGUCCAGCAGAGGUUUCCCCAACAGGCUCAGAGACUAAAUCAGCUUGAGAUCAGCAUGGAGAGUCAAGCUGGCAAACAUAACUUGUCCCAGAGCAGCCCUCUCAGCCAGAGUUUGUGGAGACCAUGGCCCUGACCAACAAGCAGUGGACUCUGAAACUCUGUCAGCUGUAAACUAUAGUGCUAUUGAAAGAACAUUUGCAUUGUAAUGUUGUGAACACUGGCCUCUAGUCAUCUGAUUGCGUUGUUGGUGUUUAACUAAAAGCGAAAAGCCUUUAAAAAAAAAGUGAAUACUCAUUAAUGCAUGUGCUGUAUUAGUCAGUGGGCAGGCACACUGAUUUUCUCAGAAUGGAACACACCUGAGCUUUAUCAGAAACCUGCUGUGGUGAAGACAAUGUUCAGAUGUGAGUAUCAUUAUGCAUCUGCCCUCCUUCAUACCCUCAAAUCCUCUGAUGCAGCCACUGUCCAGAUUUCAGACAGUGGAUAAGGAUCGAAUGUCCAUCCUCUACAUUUCCAGAUGUGGAACCCCAGGGUUCGAGGCAAUGUAACCCCUCACACUCACCUGUGUGCCAUGAAGUCUGCUGACAUUAAGGAAACAUGUCAACAACAUAACUUAUAUUCUGUUUAAUAUAUGACUUGCCUAUUUUGCACACUAAUUUAUUGUGGAUGCCUCCCUAUGGUGAGCAGUAUUUCUUUUUAUAAUAAAAAAACGUCUCUUAAAAUA